AGUUCUCAUCAUCAGUCACAUAACUAGUCAUGUCCAGUUUCGGAACGUUAUUCAAAGUCACUACUUACGGUGAGUCCCACUGUAAGUCUGUCGGAUGUAUAGUCGAAGGGGUUCCUCCCGGGUUGGCCUUGACUGAAGAAGACAUCCAACCUCAAUUAACCAGAAGAAGACCUGGCCAAAGUAAGUUAAGUACUCCGAGAAAUGAAAAGGACAGAGUGAUGAUCCAAAGUGGAACAGAGUUCGGCAAGACCUUGGGUUCUCCUAUUGGUAUGUUGGUUCUUAACCAGGACCAAAGACCUCAUGACUACGGUGAGAUGGAUGUCUUCCCAAGACCCUCUCACGCCGAUUUGACUUACAUUCAAAAAUACGGAUUGAAAAGUUCGAGUGGUGGAGGACGGGCAUCUGCUAGGGAAACUAUUGGCCGUGUUGCGGCCGGUGCCAUUGCUGAGCAUAUCUUGAAGAAAAUUAACAACGUUGAAAUCGUUGCAUUUGUGUCUCAAAUUGGUAAUGUAGCAAUGAACAGAGACUGUAAUGAUCCUACCUUCUUGAAAAUAUUGAAUACCGCUACUAAGGAUAGCAUCGAUGCCACUGGUCCUAUCAGAUGUCCUGAUGAAAACGUAAAGGACGAAAUGGUCAAGGUCAUUGAAAAGCAUAGAGAUUCCAACGACUCCAUUGGAGGAGUUGUCACCUGUGUGAUUAGAAAUUGUCCUAUCGGAUUGGGAGAACCAUGUUUCGAUAAGUUGGAAGCCUUGUUAGCACAUGCCAUGUUGUCUGUGCCAGCUACAAAGGGGUUUGAAAUCGGUAGUGGUUUCGAAGGUGUUAAGGUUCCAGGUUCCAAGCACAAUGAUCCAUUUACCUACGAUGAGAAUCUCAAGAGAUUAAGAACUACGACUAAUAACAGUGGAGGUAUCCAAGGGGGGAUCUCCAAUGGAGAAAAUAUCUACUUCUCUGUUGCUUUCAAGUCAGCUGCCACCAUCAGUCAAGAACAACCCACUUCUACUUAUGAUGGUAAAGACGGAGUCUUAGCUGCAAAGGGAAGACAUGAUCCAAGUGUGACCCCAAGAGCCGUUCCAAUUGUGGAAGCCAUGGCUGCUUUGGUGAUAAUGGAUCAGGUGUUGAUUCAAAAUAGUAGAACCAGCACCAUAGAUAUGCUCAAGAAACAUUAAUCAGUAUACAUUUAGUUAACCUUGUAUAGUUGAUUUAUCCUACUCGAUUUUUUUUCGCAACGAAAAGCUGAUUUUUUGUUCCUUUGAAUACACCGGCCAUGGAUAAAAUACAGAUCACCCUUCUCAGUAUAAUCCUAGGGUUAUUCCUGAUCAUAGUGGUCUACUACAUACAGAACUUUGAACUCAAAAGCACCAAAAAAAAUACCUUCUUGAUCAUCGGAUGCAACAACAGUGGGAAGACUUUAUUGUUCAAUAAAUUGACCCAAAAACCAAUAACCAGCACAGUAUCUUCACUAGAAGCAAACUAUGGAACUAUUCAUCUCCCGUUGAGCCAAGCGUCUAUUGGUAAGCCUUUCCAGCUCAUCGAUUAUCCUGGAUACUUGAAAUAUGAAAAUGUGUUCAGAUCGUUGGUGUCAGAGAUCAACUUGAAAGGUGUAAUAUUCGUGGUUGAUUCAGAAAUUUCCAGUUUUAACAAGCAAAUCAACCUUAUAUGUGUGAAGUUGUUCAGGAUGUUGACCAUCACCGAAAGUGUCCCCAAUGGAGUUGAUUAUUUGAUGGCCGUGAACAAAACUGACUUGUUCAACUCGUUGCCCAUCUCCAAAAUCAAAAGCUCGUUGGAGGCCGAGAUGAACAAAGUCAUAGAGAGCGAAUUGAAAAACAACGAAGACGACUUGACUUUCUGGCUCGACUACAUGCCGUUUUCUUUCGAAAGAACCAAUGGUAACAUCGAGUUCAAGACUGGCAGUGUGUUAAAAGACAAAUAUUCCGACUGGACAAAUUGGUUGGAUGAGAGAGUGGUCAACCCAUAAAAGGUUCGUUAUUCAUUUAUACACAUCUAGAUACAGCUGGUGGCUCUACAAGCCUUUCUAUACGUCAUCUCCUAGUUUGGAGGUGGGGGCUGCUGGGAAAAAUCCGGGGUUGUGCAUAUCCUUCAAUCUCUUCUCGUUUAUCUUCUUGUUAAUAUAAUUCUUCAAUCUCAUUCUGAAAAUGUCGUUGUUCAAGACAUAAUCCUUGAACUUGAAGUUGGCGAUAUCCGUGUCAAGCUGUUGUAACUUUUUCUCAUGAAUCUCCUUUUCCUUGGUUAGAGUUUCGUAGGUGUUGGUCUUAUCCUUAUCUUUAUCCUUAUCUCCCUCAUUGGAACUGGAGAAACCAGGAAGUUUAGCGAAUACCGACGGCUUGUUCUUUUCAAUCUUGACUUUCAAUUGGGUGACGAGCUCCACCAACUCAUCUUUCUCCUUGACUAGGGCAUUGUAGGCAUCAUUAACACUGUGCACAGCAAAAUGCUCAUCAGCCAAGUGCAGUGGGCACACAUAGAAAAAAUCCACCGAGUUGGUAGUUACGAGCACGCUCGACGAGGACUUGUAGCAGAUCACACAAGACUUCAGCUGAGAAUCAGCCACUUGCCUUAACUUGUACUCAUUUGUGAACGGCACCGACAUUUUGUGGAGACGAAGUUAAGAACAAGGUGCGCAAAAAAUCAGGACACCGAAGACCCGAGAUUUGUCAGAAGAGGGAAGUGUAAAUUCAGAUGACUUGGUCGACUGCUGCCUUGUGACGAAGAGGCCUCCGUAAGACCCCGGGUAGUUCAGUUUUGAAUGUAUGCCACCGGGUAGCCAUCAAGGGUCGUUGUACACUAUAGGCCUCCUCCAUAUCCUUCCAACGCGUUUAAAUCAAUCAAGUGUGGGACUCCUCGCCUAGAAUUCGCACCCAAAAUAGGAGACACGAAAAACAUCCAGUCACCAACCAAACUUGGAAGCGAGGUGCCGAUUAUCUGAAAUCGUUUGGCCAGAAAAAAAACAGUGAGUGAGAAAUUUUUCAGGGAGAAAAAAAGUGUCAUUUUUUUAGCCCCUUCGAUUACAAACAUCUAACUUAUAAGUUCAAGGUGGAUCCUUUUGUUUUAAUAGUAGUGAUAUUUCCUGUCAAUCAAAACAAAACUCAUUGAUUUAAUAUCCCAAGGUAGCCGUUUAGAAGAUCCGCUUUUUAACCCCGUACCCGUAACCCCGACACCCCUUCCUAUAAACACGUCGUUUAGUCAAUUUUAAAAACUAUUCUGACGACUUAAACAUGGCCGAUCACCAAGAAGCAGAUAUCGACUCCAUUGUUGAUAGAUUAUUGGAGGUCAGAGGCUCCAGACCCGGUAAGCAAGUGACUUUGUUGGAGCAUGAAAUCAGAUACUUGUGUACCAAAGCAAGAGAAAUAUUCAUCCAGCAACCUAUAUUGUUAGAGUUGGAAGCUCCCAUUAAAAUUUGUGGUGAUAUCCAUGGUCAAUACUAUGACUUGUUAAGAUUAUUCGAAUACGGUGGUUUCCCUCCUGAAGCUAACUACUUGUUUUUGGGUGAUUAUGUUGACAGAGGUAAACAAAGUUUGGAAACCAUCUGUCUUUUGUUGGCCUAUAAGAUCAAAUACCCAGAGAAUUUCUUCAUAUUAAGAGGUAAUCAUGAGUGUGCUUCCAUUAACAGAAUCUAUGGUUUCUAUGAUGAGUGUAAGAGACGUUAUAAUAUCAAAUUAUGGAAGACCUUUACCGAUUGUUUCAAUUGUUUACCAAUUGCCGCUAUAAUUGAUGAGAAGAUUUUUACCAUGCAUGGAGGUUUAAGUCCAGACUUAAACACCAUGGAACAAAUCAGAAGAGUGAUGAGACCAACUGAUAUUCCUGAUGUUGGAUUAUUAUGUGAUUUAUUAUGGUCGGAUCCUGAUAAAGAUAUCACUGGAUGGUCCGAAAAUGAUAGAGGGGUUUCCUUUACUUUUGGUCCUGAUGUUGUAUCAAGAUUUUUGCAGAAGCAUGAUAUGGACUUGAUUUGUAGAGCUCAUCAAGUCGUUGAAGAUGGGUAUGAAUUUUUCUCCAAACGCCAAUUGGUUACAUUAUUCUCAGCUCCUAAUUAUUGUGGAGAAUUUGAUAAUGCCGGUGCAAUGAUGAGUGUGGAUGAAAGUUUAUUAUGUUCUUUCCAGAUAUUGAAGCCUGCUGAUAAGCAAUCCAAGUACCCUCCACAUCCAUUGAUGGGUAACAAUCCUCAAAGAAAGCAAAAAAGAGGUUCAAAGUGAAAGAGUUAAACUAAGAAAGCUGAUCCAAUCUUAACAGAAAUGAACCUUGAUAUUCAAAUCCCACUAAAGAACUCCCAGCAAAGUACCUCAACAAGUUAGCCCCAAUUUUCUUUUUUAGUGUACUUGAGUUUUGUUUUUGGCUAGGUUUUCUUUAUUACGAAACUCACUCUUUGUGGCCUACCUUUAUCUUCAGUUCAAUUUCUGUAACAAUUAAUAAUGAAUAUUUGUUGAUUUGAGAUUAUCUAACGAAUGUAGUAAGCGAAUUACUGCAAUAGCAUGUCUAGUUUUAUGCUUUAUAUAUUAUUAUAAGUCUUGAUGUUAU